GCUUCUAGUAUGUUGUAGAGUUAAGAGAUUUGAAAAGGGACUAGAGAAUUCAAUAAGAGCUGCGGUUCAAGCAAGUUAUAUUGCAAAACAGAGACGAAAAUGUGUAAGAGACUGAAACUGAUCAGCGAAGACAAUAAAUGGCGUAUUCCCAUGGUAUCGGGACUUUUCGCCUUUACUUUGGGCCUUUCAUGUUUCGGUGUCGCAUUUAAGUUAUCAGAAUACCAGGAAAGCCUCAGUCUACCACCAAUGCUUGCAGGAGUACCGGUAAGCAACACAAACAAGAAACAGCAUAACUAAAUAAGUUUGUUAAGACGUAUCACAAAAACAGAUUAUGACAUUCGAAUCAUUUAGUUUAUAGUAGAUGUAUUUCUUACUCUCACAUGUAUUACUGAUAUUGCAUCUUGCUGGCUUUGUUUAAAACUGUUUGAGUUUGAACUAAUAACAGCAGUGCUUUUCAUUCGUCUCUUGAACUAAAAAAUGAGAUCUUAAACUGUACGUAUUCACAAGUCAGUAUGUUCGGAAAGGGCACAAGGUAUAACUACAUUUUUAUGCAUCCGUGAUCAUAAUCUCUUGACGUCGAAAACAUCAGUUUAUUGUAAUGAAUUGUGGACGGAUACUACAGUCACUAUACACUGCAAAAAAGAAUCAUAGGCCCAGAGUAGAAACUUCAAACAUCACUGUCUCGAUCUUAAAAAGGUUUAUAACGUUCAUUUGUCAUCCAAUGCUUUUGUUUUUCUACUCUUCAAAAGCAACAAAAUAUGUCUGUUAUUGUCAGUGAUAGCGCAUCUUAUGAAGGGGCAAAUAAUAUCAGUUUUGUCAAGAGGCUUAAAUUAGGAAAAAUAACCAGUAAUAUUUAGCAGAACUAUAAAACAACAAUGACUCCGCACUUCUCGCUUGUUAUUCAUUUGGUCAUCAUUGUUGUUAUCAUUUUUCGUUUUUAGAUAUUAAUCGCUGGAAUUUCCGGCAUGGUAGGAGGACGAAUGCGAAAGAACUGUAUGGUAAGCGAGAAAAGCAAUGGUCACCAGUCAAACCUCGUCAGCAGAUAGCGCAAUAAUUGAUCAUGGUCAUAAAACCGAAACCACAUUCUCUGAUCAGUUAAUAAAGAGCAAACGUUUAAACUUCUCCACCAAUGGUUUUUUGGAAUGCUUUAGAAUUAUCAUCAUCAUGAUAAUUAUCACCAAAAAUUAGAGGGUAAUUAGUAUAUCGGUUAUCAACAGGAACUACCAUACCUCAUCUAUGGUAUAUUUAGGUAGGUAUAGGCAUUGAGAAAUUUGCAGCUGCCAGCAUCCGGAGCGUACUAUACAUACUACACCAGCCCUUGGGAAAUUGGCUGGCUCUCCCCCUACAGAAGCAACUCCAGGCCAUGGAUGCCUGAAUAACAUGUUUUAUACCUAUAUUCCCUCUAAUAAUGUUCAAAAGUUUAAAACUGCAGGUAGACCCAUAGUGAUCAUCUAAAUGUACUUUUUGGCAUACAGCAAACCACUCAGCGCUCUUUUUUUUUUACCCCGGUGUUAGCACCUAACUCACUCAGUUAUCAGACUAAAAGAUGUACUUUAGAAGAAUUCACAGGGACAACAGAGAGCAAACUUUUAAGCUUCAUGCAUAAACUGCAUGGCGUUUUAUUUUGGUGCAUUUCUUAUCUUUCCACAGAUUUCUCUUCAUUUAGUGUUUUGUUUAAUAGCCGGAGUACUCGGUCUACAUCUCACCUUCAUAUUCCUUGGAAGGGAAGCUAAGUCAAGAGAGAUCUACAAAGUCAAAUGUCAGUCUCAAUUUAAAGGAGCACGUAAGUUUUCUUCUAAUCAGUUCAUUCGUAGUACGCCGUCAUUUCUACUCAGAUCUCUGGCCCCCUGCAUCAUUCCCCCCAGCAAUUUGGACCCAUGCAAGUUCUACUCACUUGUGCUUUAUCAUGUUCCUUCUAAUUUACAGCACGUUGUAUCCACGAAAUGCAGAGAAAUAAGUACGUGGUCGCAUCCAGCUAUAAGCUGUGUUCAAUCUCAAACCAAGAUCACUUAAAAUCAGUCCCUUCACGAGCAUUUUGAAUCCAAUGCUUACAUUUUUUGAAAAGUGUAGUAUUUCUCUCAGCCAAUUACAGCUACACAACUAUUGAUUCUUAGUGCAUAGUAAAAGCUUCUAAAAAGUACACUUAUAUUUCGGGAGCUAUUCAGCAAUCGCAAGCCCAUUCUCUGCUUUGUAGUAGACGGAUCAUUCUCAGACUGAACUGUUAAAUCUUUCUUAUGUGUCUACCUCUUUAUAUAGACUACUGUCAUAGAUAUGCGGCGACCGUUGGUAUGACAGUGUUAGCAGUGUUGCCGUUUGCACUGACUCCGUUGGGAAUUCUGUCAUAUGCUGUCACUAGACGUUUUACAGCAAGAUAUAACGUGAACGAAGAGGAGGAGGUACGGCACAGUUAUUUAAUUCUAUGAGAAUGAGUCAGGUCUUUGAUCCAGUUUUCACACCUGGUUUAAUUUAGUCAACUAGUCACUUCUCAGUGAUCGAUACUCCAUUUAACAGACAUUAUUCGUCCCAUGUAAGGUAGAGCGGAUUCCGGUAUCCGGGAAAUUUUCGGUUGUGGGAUCCAGGAUCCUGUGAUUCAUUCGGAAUACAGUUCAAGCAAUCCGGAUCCCACUAACUAUUGGAAUUCAGAAUUCAAGUUCUACUGACAAAGACUGGAAUAGAGUAACUGGAAUCCGGGAUUCACGGCGUGGAGUCCACAAUCUAAGACUGUCUUGGAGUCCCUUUAUUGAGCGAUAUUAUUCAUUGUGAAGGAAACAAUUGUUGUUUUUGUUAGUUAACCCUGGCAUUGGCUGUUCGGUCGGUCAUUUUGCUUUGGUAAAUUACGAACAUAUGCUUUAAACCAUGACACUGAAGAUGUUAAGUUUUCCUGAUCCUCCUUACUUAUUGUCUUCGUUAGCUGAAAUAUCACUAAUACGAUAGCAAACUGUUAUCUACGGCAUUAUUAAACCUUCUCUUAUUAUUUGAAAGGGAGAAGACACUUCAACCUUAGAUCAGCAUGGAGACCAAGACUCAACUAUGAGCAAAAUGGAGGGACGCCUCUCAUCUCCAACCAUAGACUCAGAAGCUACUACCGAAUCGAAAAACAAAGGCAAGCUCUUGAUCAAGCAGUAUGACAAUAACAACUGUAAUAACUCAUCACCUCCAUCCAGUUACAGGGAAUCUUCAAGACUUGUGCCUGAUAGUCAGUCACACGGCGAAAACGGCCAAUGGCCAAGUUUUCAAGUUAGUGGCAACGCAAUUCCUGGAAACCAUGGACUUCAAAAGCAACUAAGCAAUGGUGAGGCAAAAUUUGGAAAACAGGGGUCUUGCAGCCAGCCGCCUUCUAGUCACGUGGCCAGAAGAGACCACCUUGUAGGCCGAGACAGCUUACAAGGCUAUGAACCACAAAGGAAUCAGUCAUCUAACGAUGAGGCACAAAUUAACCAGCUACCUAGAAACCAACGACGAACAAAUAAAGAACGAGGAAAACACAAACCCUCUAACCACCUGGCGGAGAAGCAGGUAUCUAGAUACAAGCCACGUACAAACCAGGAGCUCUGCAAUAACACGGCUAAUAACCAGACUUUUAAUAACCACGACAGCGAAAAUUAUGUGUCAAGAAAUCAUGGAGUUAGUAUCCAGCCUUCUAAUGUCCAAAUGCCUAAAGUUCUACCAACCUCUGUUCCAAUUAGCCAUCUGUGUAGUAGCCAGCCAUCUCAAAACCAAAACGCCAGGAAGCUGCUACAACCACCUACCAAUCAUCGCCGUAGUAAACAGAUAGCUAACAACCAAUCGACCAGCUACCAAGUUUCAAGCGAUGAGAAACGAAGAAGCCAAGCUCCUCACAGGCAGUACCCAAUAAGCAAUCAAUCAAAUCAGAUAUCCAGAUACUACAACCCCACGACUGUUGACCAGCAAACUAAACCUCUACAUCAGGAUGGCAAACAGAUUGUGAAAGACCAGCAGUCUUUUUGCACAGAUAUGUCCCGACGCCAGACGCCCCACUACCCCUACUUACCUAGAAAUCACCCUCUUAGAAAUCAAGUACCUAGUCAUGAUCGGGCACCUAAGAGUGGUGAGUGACGGUUCUGUAGCAGGUUGUUUGGCCACACCAGAAGCGAAGGAAAUUUAGGUCAAGAACAAAUUUUAUAAUUAAAGCAUUUGCAAUCGAGGCGUCGCCGCGCGACUAACCCGUCACGAUAAACUCAGAGUAGUAUUAGCUACAGGCUGUUAACAGUACAUAUAGAUGCAUCCGCGCAAAUUACAAGACAUUCUAGUUAAAAUACAAUACAAUAACUUUUAUUUCAACAUGGAUGUUGAUUAAAGUGUUGCCGCUUAUGGGGUUGUGCAUAAAAGCUAACCAAAACUUAAGCAAUAAAAGUAUAUUAAAAUUGUCUUAAUAAUAAAAAAUUAUCGUUAUCAUUGUGAGGCAGUGUUUGUGGAGAUUCAGCCCGAAAAUCUAAAUUAUGUAGGUUGUCAGAUUUAGAGGCCAUUCUAGUGUAGUUUUUUGUUUAGGAGAAACAAUGUCUUUAAUUGAGUAUAAAGCGGUGUACAAGUGGAAGAGAAUUUGUUAAAGUUGUUUCAUCUAAAUCUUAUUAUUAUUACCUUAUUUAAAAUGGGUUUUACAUUUUUUCAAACCUAACAGUUUUCGGACUGGAUAAGGAUUUGCCGUGAAUACAAAUUAUUGUACAAGAUUCACCUUUGUAAAGUACGUUACUUUGCCGUAUGAGAAGAUACGUUUAUGAAGAAGAUACUUUUAUGGCCGUAUACCGUGACUAAAUAUUUACAUUUUUUGAAUUGUUUGGACAAUUUUUGUUACAUCUUGAUUGACAGUCAUUGUCAAACUCAACAUUCACAAAGACAAUUUAAAGGCGUAUUUUAAAAAUUGAACCGGGAAUAAAAUGAAAACCCAGUUUCUAUGUUGGACUUUUACUUUAUGUUGAAAAAUUUUGUCUUUUUCUUUUUUUGGAAAUUUUGUUUCUGGAAUCCAAACUCCGGGAAUUUUUGCCCGUGGAAUCCGAAAUCCUGGGCUUUGGAAUCUGAAAUACAGCUCAAGGAUUCCAUUAAUCUCGUACCCAGAUCUCCCACGGCCAGUGUAAAACAGAGUGAGAUCUGGGUACGAGAUUAGGAUUCCAUAAUUCCAUUAACGAUUAGAUCCAGAGUCCCACACUGACAAAGAAUUAAUAUGCUUGAGUUCGGAAUUCCGCACCUGGAAUACGGAAUCCACGACGUGGAAUCCAGAAUCUAAUAUUAUUUAAAUUCCUUUUACAUAGGGCGAUCUAAUGUGAUAAGAGUAAUUGAUAACAGUAAAGAGUUCAGCGAGUCUUUAAGAAUACCUUGCAUUACUGAAUGAACGACUU